AUGGAACAAUCGGAAGUGACCAUUGCAUACUUUAAUAAUGGCCUUGAUGUGCUGAGUAUGUUGAGUAGGUGGCAAGUACCAAGCUCGGAAUCUGUCAUGAUUUUCAUGUCAAGUGUUUUGUUUUGCAUUGUGGCGACAUUGGUUCUUCCUGGAAAGAUGGUUCAGGGAGUUCCAUUGAAGGAUGGAUCGAGGAUUACAUACAAGAUUAAUGGAUUAUCGGUUGUGUUGCUUGGAACUUUAUUUUAUGGAUUGUUGUGCUAUUUCAAUUUCCAAAUUGGGAAUGAGCUUAUUUAUUCAUUGGUUUGUAAGAGUUUUGGACAAUUGCUGGUUACAAGUUUGGUGUUUAGUUUUCUAUUGACCAGUUUCUUAAAUUUGAGAUGUGUCCUUCAACCAGAGAGAAGUAAUUACGUUUAUCCUAAAUGGAAUAUUAUCAUGAAUUUUUGGUGUGGUGUUGAAUUGAAUCCACACAUUUUUGGAUUUGAAAUUAAGCAAUUUUCGUAUAGACCUGCAUUCUUAAUGAUUGGAAUUUUGAAUUUAAGUUUUGCUUUCGAACAGUUUCGUCUCUAUCAAACACUUUCUCAAAAUUUCAUAACUUUCCAAAUCAUUAGUUUCCUCUACUUGAUUGAUUGUUUCGUAUUUGAAGAAGGACUCAUUUUCAUGUUUGAUAUUAUUGAGGAAAACUUUGGAUUCAUGUUAGUUUUUGGUGAUUACAUGUGGACUCCAUUUAUUUUCACACUUCAAAAUUUAUAUUUGAUUAAUGACUUUAAUGUUAAUCAUUUCCAAACAGUUGCCAAUAUUUUGAUAUUCAUUGUUGGUUAUAUCAUCUUUAGAGGAGCCAAUAAUCAAAAAAUUACCUUCCGUCAAGAUCCAAAACAAGUUUGGCUUGGACUAAUCGAACCUAAAGUAUUGGAAACUUCUCGUGAUAGAAAGCUGCUCAUUUCUGGAUUCUGGGGAAUGGCCAGAAAGAUUAAUUAUUUAGGAGAUAUCCUAGUGGCCAUCUCUCAAAGUUUCCCAUGUCUUCAAUGUGGCCAUGUCCUUCCAUGGAUGUAUCCAAUUUAUUUAACACCACUUUUACUUCACAGAGCCAUGAGAGAUAAUGAAAGAUGUAAGGAAAAGUAUGGAAAGUUUUGGGAUGAAUAUUGUUCAAAGGUUAGGUGGGUUAUGAUUCCUGGAAUUUAUUAG